GGUGAGAAUCUCCUAACAUUGCACUUUGGAAAUCCUUUUUUGGUUGCAACUAUGCUUUAAAGGCUUCAACACGAAUAAAGAAAGAUACCUGCCUCAUCAAUAUUAAGAAGAUUCAUACCUAGGAAGACAACAUGGCAGUAUGGGCAAAGGUUGAUGUCUUCAACAUUAGAUGUUUCUGUAGAUGAACAGACAGGUAUAGCUUUAUUGAAAAUGAAAAGAAAACCAGUGAACAGUUUGAACCUUGAGUUCCUUCAGGAUAUCAGAAGUACCAUAGUCACAUUAGAACAAAACAAGAAAUGUAAAGGCUUGGUGUUAACUUCUGAUGUACCAAAAAUAUUUUCUGCUGGCAUUGAUAUAUUGGAAAUGUACCAACCUAAUGAGGAAAGACUACAUAGUUUCUGGAGGGCAUUACAAGAUAUGUGGCUACAGCUUUACGUGACACCACUAGCAACAAUUGCAGCAAUAAAUGGACACAGUCCAGCAGGUGGAUGCUUGAUAUCUAUAUCAUGUGAUUACAGAAUAAUGGCUCCUAAUUACACCAUUGGCCUUAAUGAGACUUUAUUGGGUAUAGUUGCUCCAUUUUGGUUUAAAGAUGCCAUGUGUAAUACUGUAGGACACAGAGAAGCAGAAAUAGCAUUAGCUCUUGGAAAGUUAUACUCAACAGAUGAAGCUCUGCAGAAGGGGUUGGUUGAUGAAGUUGUUCCCUCUGAGCAAAUAAUGGAAGCUGCUCAAAAGAAGUUGUUAGAAUAUGUUAAAAUACCAAAUAUGGCCAGGGCAUUAUCAAAACAAUUAAUGAGACAAGAAACAGCAGAUAAAUUACGCAGCAAACAGGAUAGUGAUAUUCAAAAUUUUGUAAACUUUUGUUUACAGGAUAAAGUUCAGCAGUCAUUGGGAUUCUAUUUAGAACAAUUGAAAAAAAGGAAAUCAAAAUAGGUCAUGAUGAUGUCAAUUGAUAAUCAGAUUAUAUUUUUAUAUCUA